CAGUGUCGCGGCGCUCGGGUCGCGGUGCACGGCGAGUCCUCCCGAGGUCCGCAGCCCCGCGCGGCCCCAGCAUGAGCGCGCGCCACCCGGCCCUCGGCCUGCUGCUGCUGCUGCUGCUGUGCCCUGCGCAGGUGUUUUCACAAUCCUGUGUUUGGUAUGGAGAGUGUGGAACUGCGCUUGGAGAUAAGAGGUACAACUGUAAAUAUUCCGGUCCACCGAAACCCUUACCGAAGGACGGAUAUGACUUGGUGCAGGAGCUCUGUCCGGGAUUCCUCUUCGGCGACGUCAGUCUCUGCUGUGACCUUCAACAGCUUCAGACGCUGAAGAACAACCUGCAGCUGCCCCUGCAGUUUCUGUCCAGGUUUAUUAAGUUUGUGGAAAACUACAGGAAUCCCAAUCUGACCAUCUCUUUCAUCGCUGAGCGAAGCAUUGAAGACGAGCUCAAUCGGGAAAGUAAGAGUGACGUGUUCACCAUUGCCAUCAGCUACGCCAUCAUGUUUCUGUACAUCUCCCUGGCCUUGGGACACAUCCAGAGAUGUAGCAGGCUUCUGGUGGACUCUAAAAUCUCGCUGGGCAUCGCGGGGAUCCUGAUAGUGCUGAGCUCAGUGGCCUGCUCCCUGGGCAUCUUCAGCUACAUGGGGAUGCCACUGACCCUCAUUGUCAUCGAAGUCAUCCCGUUCUUGGUGCUGGCUGUCGGGGUGGACAACAUCUUCAUUCUCGUGCAGACCUACCAGAGAGAUGAGCGUCUUCAGGAGGAGACCCUGGAUCAGCAACUGGGCAGGAUCCUUGGGGAAGUGGCCCCUACUAUGUUCCUGUCGUCCUUUUCUGAGACCUCGGCGUUUUUCUUUGGGGCACUGUCCUCGGUGCCGGCCGUCCACACCUUCUCUCUGUUUGCGGGCAUGGCGGUCCUCAUCGACUUCCUCCUUCAGAUUACCUGCUUCGUGAGCCUCUUGGGCUUAGAUAUUAAGAGGCAAGAGAAAAACCGGCUGGACAUCCUGUGCUGUGUCCGAGGUGCUGACGACGGGAGAGGCAUCCAGGCCUCCGAGAGCUACCUGUUCCGCUUCUUCAAGAACUCCUUUGCCCCCCUUCUGAUGAAGGACUGGCUGCGACCAAUUGUGGUAGCCGUAUUUGUGGGUGUUCUGUCAUUCAGUAUUGCAGUGGUGAACAAAGUAGAAAUCGGAUUGGAUCAGUCUCUCUCAAUGCCAAAUGAUUCCUACGUGAUCGAUUAUUUCAAAUCCCUCGGGCAGUACCUGCACUCGGGUCCGCCUGUGUACUUUGUCCUGGAGGAAGGUCAUAACUACGCUACCCACAGAGGGCAGAACAUGGUGUGCGGCGGCGUGGGCUGUGACAAUGACUCCCUGGUACAGCAGAUAUUUAACGCAGCUGAGCUGGACGCCUACACCCGCAUAGGCUUUGCCCCCUCGUCCUGGAUUGAUGAUUACUUUGACUGGAUCGCACCACAGUCCUCCUGCUGCAGACUCUACAAUGCCUCUCAACAGUUUUGCAACGCCUCUGUGAUUGACCCAACCUGUGUCCGCUGCAGACCUCUGACUGCAGAGGGCAAACAGAGGCCUCAAGGGAAAGAGUUCAUGAAAUUCCUGCCCAUGUUCCUUUCCGAUAACCCCAACCCCAAGUGUGGCAAAGGGGGACAUGCUGCUUACGGUUCAGCUGUUAACAUCAUCGGAGAUGACACUUACGUUGGGGCCACCUACUUCAUGACCUACCACACUGUACUUAAGACCUCCGCCGACUAUAUUGAUGCCAUGAAAAAAGCCCAGCUUGUAGCCAGUAACAUCACAGAAACCAUGAGGUCUAAGGGGAGUAACUACCGCGUGUUCCCGUACAGUGUGUUCUACGUCUUCUAUGAACAGUACCUGACCAUUAUUGACGACACCAUCUUUAACCUGAGUGUGUCUCUGGGCUCCAUAUUUCUGGUGACCUUGGUGGUUCUGGGCUGUGAGCUGUGGUCUGCAGUCAUCAUGUGUAUCACCAUAGCCAUGAUCCUGGUCAACAUGUUCGGUGUUAUGUGGCUGUGGGGCAUCAGUCUGAAUGCCGUUUCCUUGGUCAACUUGGUGAUGAGCUGUGGCAUUUCUGUGGAGUUCUGCAGCCAUAUAACAAGAGCAUUCACAAUGAGUACCAAAGGCAGCCGAGUGAGCCGAGCGGAAGAGGCGCUGGCCCACAUGGGUAGUUCUGUAUUCAGUGGAAUCACACUUACAAAAUUUGGAGGGAUUGUAGUGUUGGCCUUUGCCAAAUCUCAAAUUUUCGAGAUAUUUUACUUCAGGAUGUACUUAGCCAUGGUCUUACUCGGAGCCACUCACGGAUUGAUAUUUCUUCCUGUCUUACUCAGCUACGUAGGACCGUCGGUGAAUAAAGCUAAAAGACAGACCACUCAAGAGCGAUACAAAGGGACAGAGCGAGAACGGCUCCUCAACUUUUAGCCUUGUAGCAGGCUCUGGUGACUUUGUCUAGGUCAAGUUUACUGCGACAGCUGUCCCACCAAGGCCCUGCUGAUGCUGGUUCCCAGGGUUAGGCGGUGUCACGGCUGUGGCAGAUGCAGCCUCACCCACUUUACACUCAGGAAUGCUCUCGUGACUUGUGAAGCAGUAUUAUGAAGUCUGAAGGUGGCAGUCGCCAGCCCUGCAGCAGAGGAACCUUGUCUUGGGGGAGAGGAAAGACAGCUGGAUGGCUGCGAGCGUGAGACCGUGGCCACUUCUCUAUGUGCGGUCUCCUCUUUCAGGAGUUAGCCACCACACAUUCUAUAGCUUAUUUUUAGCAACAUUUGAGGAUGUUGUAGGUACUUUAUUACAACAUUUUGUAGUUUAAAGAGCUUUAUUAAUGCAAUAAAUUAACUUUGUACAUUUUUAUAUUAAAAAAAAAAAAAAACUAUCAAGGGACUUCAGAAAGUCGUAGGUCUCAUCAGAGCUUGUUCUCCAAAAACCUGCUUGAAAAAGGCGACGUGUUCUUCACAGUGUUCUCCUGUAGGGAAAAUGUCCAUCAGUCGCCAGCUGGUUACGGGCAGGGGAGAAGGAAAUGCAGACAGAGCUCAUGGGUUGUAUACUGGGUUUUAACUUAUUUUUCUUUAAUAAAAUACCUCAUCCUCCUACAUUGA